GACUGUCCAAUCAGCGUCCGGAGGCGGUGCGGGGGCGGGCCCAUGGCUCUGGUGGGCGCGGCCGGGAGUGGAGCUGCGGGGCGGCUGGUGGGUGAAGCCGGUCAGGUGUGAGGGAACCAUGAGCCGUUUCCUGAACGUGCUGCGGAGCUGGCUGGUGAUGGUGUCUGUCAUAGCCAUGGGAAACACGCUGCAGAGCUUCUGGGACCACACCUUCCUGCACGAGAAACUCUACACCGGCAAGCCAGACCUCGUGAACGGCCUCCAGGCUCGGACCUUUGGGAUCUGGACCCUGCUCUCCUCAGUGAUCCGCUGCCUGUGUGCCAUUGACAUCCACAACAAGAUGCUCUACCAUGUCACGCUCUGGACCUUCUUCCUCGCGCUGGGCCACUUCCUGUCAGAGCUGCUCAUCUACGGCACCGCGGCGCCCACCGUCGGCGUCCUGGCGCCUCUGCUGGUGGCGAGCUUCUCCAUCCUCGGCAUGCUGGCUGGGCUGCGGUGUCUAGAGGUGGAGCCGGAGUCUAGGCAGAAGAAGAGAAACUGAGGUACCAGCACCACCCCAAGGCGUCCGCCCCCUGCCAUUCCCGUGGUCUCGAUUCUUGUCGCCUCGGCCCUUCUGACCCUUUACACUGAAGGCUUUCUUCAAAGUCCAAACAGAAAAGACAACAUUGUUCAUGUGAUUUAUUUUUCUUUGAGACAGAGAGAGAUAGACCACAGCACUGAAGCUUCCCCCGUCGCAGGGAUGGCCAGGCUCGAGCCCGGGUCGCUCCGUAUCCCAGGGAGCUUUUUCUCCCAGGACCCCUUUCCAGCCUUUUCCUUCCUUUUCCUCCUCGGAUCUGCCUUGUGUGGUGGAACCACAGGAACUGUGAGACUCCGAGCUGCCUCCUCAGUCAGAGCAGCUGCCCCCGGGGGCUGCUCCCAAGGGUGACUACCUGCCAGGGCUCCCCCGUGCAUCGCAUCGGACCCGGACUCCGUGCCAGCCCAGCGCCCACUGCCUCUUCUGAGAAGGGCUAGGCGGCCUCCUCCCCUCCAGCAAUGCGACACGGGCUGUUUUUAGACCUCCAGGUCAGCCAUGUUUGUGUAACAAGUUUUAUAAUAAACAGAGAAACCCUCC